CGUGCUGACCCUGCGCGCGCUGUGGUCCCAGACGAGAGUGAAAAGGAAAGUCCCUGUCGAUUUCCAACACAAUAACCAAAGUUUCGCUGCAUCAUCCUGUAGCGUUUCGCCAGACGACAGUCGUUUGGCGUUGUUCUUACCAACCUAGUUCCCUUUAAGAUCCCCCCUUAGCCUACCGGGCAGAGGGAUAGGAUAAACUUGCGGGUGAGGUGUCAUGGACGGUGGUGAAAGUAGCAGCACUCCCUCAAGUCUUUCCACGGCGGAGGCGACGCAGCUUUUGAAAGAUAUCCUGAACGUGGGGAGGACGAGGGACUCCGAUUCCUCCUUGUCGGGCAGUGCUCGUAGUAUGACCUCCCAGAACGGGGCUGUAGAGAUGGGAGAAGGCAGCAGCAAGGCGAGUGGAGGAGGAGGGGAGGAGGAACCUGACAAACCUGGGGAGGAGGAGACUGAUGCCGCUCAGGAGGCAGAACAACUCACUGAAGACAGGCAGCAAAUACUCCUCCAAGGUGAUGAUAUGCUGGGCUGUGUGCCCAUAUACGGGCGUGAGGUGGACAUCCUGAGCAGCAGCCCACCUGAUGGAACCAGCAGCACCAGCGGCAGCAGCAGAGUCAAGGUCAUCCCGGUAGCCAACUAUGACUGGGAGCACAAGUACUACAUGGGCAGUCUGGUCGCCAUCAACAACACUUACAUCGCAUAUGCACUGAAAGGCAAGUCACAUGUAGUGCGAGUGAUCAACAGACAGACAGCAGAGCGGACCCUGCUGAAGGGGUUUGUGGGAAGUGUGACAGACCUGGGGUUUGCUCACCUCGGCUCCUCUCUCCUGGCCUGUACAGACCAGCUGGGAAACCUCUUCAUCUGGCAGAUCUAUGACGAGAACAAGAAGAUUCAAUACAGCAAAAAGUUACAAGUGAUGCGACCUGAGAAUACUCCACAGAGCAAUAACCACCGUCUGGUUUGGUGUCCGUACAUCCCUGAGGACGGCAGUGCCAGCGACACGGCUUCCUCUGUGGCUUCCAGCGCUGAGGAGAGGGGCAGGAUACUAGCACUUACCCAUGAUGAGAAUACAGAAGUGUGGGAUGUGGAGCUGGUGAUCUCCCAGUUUGGGUCAGACACUAUCCAGGUGAAGGAUGUCACCUCUGGGUACAUCACUGUGGAGGGCAGCAGCAAGUCGCCCAUUGCUGACUGCUCCCUGUCUCCUGACGGAGCUGUCCUUGCCACGGCCAGCCAGGACGGAGGCGUGAAGUUCUGGCAGGUGAAUGUCUAUCUGGAGAGUGAUGACCCCCCACGAUGCCUGCACAAGUGGCAGCCACACGGCGGUCAGCCCCUCAGCUGUCUCCUGUUCCUGGACAACCACAAACUGGCUGACCCCAACAUGCCGUUCUGGCGUUUCCUGAUCACAGGAGCAGACUAUAACCGUGAGCUGAAGGUGUGGUGCACUGUGUCCUGGACCUGUCUACAGACUCUCAGGUUUGGCAGUUCUCCAAGCCCAGGAUUAGCCAGUGCUGAGGAUGAGCCAUGUCUGAAGGCCUGUAUGGACCUGUCUGCAUCUUACCUGGUCCUGUCAGACAUCACAAGAAAGGUGCUGUAUGUGCUACAGGUGUAUCAGAAUGCUGAUGAUGGGAAGGCAGGGAUCGUCUCGCUGGCAGAAUAUCUCCUUACCCAACCACUGCUCUCCUUUGCCAUUGCGGAUGCUUCCCUGCGUAAGUUCAAGUCUGUCAAUGCAGAGGUGGAGGUGGAAGAGGACAUGACUGGAGGUGAGGGCGACCAUUCAGCUUCAAGUGACACCGGUGUUCUCCUGAAGCUGUUCUGUGUUCACACAAAGUCCCUUCAGGAAUUACAGGUCAGGUUCAAGCCAGCCACAGGCUCUCCACGGCCACAUCAGCCACAGUCUAUUGGCUCAGUCUCACAGGAUGACAUAGCAUUGCGAGAUGGUCUAUCUGACAUGAGUGUAGAAACUCUGACAGAUGCUGAGGGGUCAACAUCUGACCUGAGAGGUGAAGGGUCACAGGCUAGUCCAAGUGUUCUGGAGGGGAGAGCAGACCGAGAGGGGACACCUGUAGCAGAGGAAACAAGUCCUCCACCAGAAGACAAUGCUGAAGAGCCCAUGCUUCUCACUCCUGCUGCAUUCACACAUGCAGAAAGAGGAGACCACACCAUGAGAAGUAGUGGCUCCAGCAUGAGCAGUUUCACUGCUGUGACUCCCAUGGGGAAUUCUGUGGCCAACUCCCUGGAUGGCAGCGCCUCUGCUCAGAGUGCAGCUGAACUGCAGGACCUUCUCCAGGCUUCUCCGGAGAGCUCUCUGACACUGACGCCAACCUCAACCAAGCAAGGAACACCAGAUGGUCCCAGCCACGUCCCCACCCCCACCACCCUGCCCCUGCCUCCUCUCUCCCCUCCAGAACAGAAGCCCCUCCCCGCAGCUGUCCACGCCCGCUCCCCGGACCUCAUCUCCUCCACGUCCACCUCCACGGACACGCCGGCCGCCUCCGCCGAGGCGUUAGAGCAGAUGUUCCAGCAGGAGAGCCAGCCCAGACCGCCCAGCUCCGGAUCCAGUCUGGAGGAGGUUUUGUCUCCCAGGCUCAGGGGGGCAGAGGGAAUGUCACCCAGGGGCCGACCUGAGGUUGCUGAGGAGGCAGAGGGGGCCACAGGAGGGGAGGAGAGACCAGACUCUGGGCAUGAGCAGGUACAGGACGACUAUGGGCUCCGGUGGCCUCGUGCACCAGACAUCACCAUGGAAACGGCGCGGGACCGAGCCCAUGCAGAAGAAGCCAGCAGGACUGCACAGCCAGAACUGGUGGCCAGUCAGACAGGCAGCCCACCCAGGGAGCAAGACCUGCAUAGUGUGCAGCCCAGUUUAGGCAGAAGCCCAGAACUGCAGGGAGCUGCUGCUGCUCUCCCCACCGCCCGCCAUGACCAGGUGUUACCAGGCAGGUCCACCCCUCCCAAAACAACCUCCCCCAGGGUACACAGAACAGAGGAAACCUACAGGGAAGUGGCAUCCCCUAGAACACCACCCAAGAGGCAGGCAGCUGAGGUAUCGUCAGCCCAGUUGGAGCAGGUUCUCUUGUUGCUACGGCAACAGCAGCAGGAGUUGGAGCAGCUGCGGGGAGAGGUGCAGGCGCAGCAGGUGGCCAGCCAGGCAGCCCUGACACAGGCUGUCACACAACAGCUCAAACAGCUGCACAUGUCAACAGGAACCUCUGUGGACAAGGCACUGCAUCAGCAUGCACAGGCAGAGAGGAAGCGUCUGGACGAGGCUCUGCGUGAGCGGCAGGAUCUGGACAAACAGAAGCAGGAGCGCCUCCUGUCCACGGUCUCCCAAACCCUCAACUCCUCCAUCACCUCCAAACUGGAGAAGUGUGUCAAACAGGAGGUCAAGAACAGUGUUCUCCCAGCUGUGACCAAGUCCCUGGACCCAGUGAAAGACCAGUUGAAUGUGACCCUGGCACAGAAGCUCACGGCUACAGAUUCACUCAUGAAGGAAAAUAUCUCCAAGUUGGUCCGGGCAAAAUCUACUGUAGAGGCCAUCGGUCAGUCUGCAGCCCAGGCUAUCCAGGGUCCAGUCCAGGCUGCCUACAAGGAUGCCUUCCAGUCCACCGUAGUGCCCAUGUUUGAGAAGGCCUGUCAGUCCAUGUUCCAACAGAUCAACGACACUUUCCAGAGAGGCACCCAGGACUACCUGCAGCAGCUGGAGGUACACCUGGCACAGCAGCGGCAGAGACAGCAGCAGGAGCGGGACCCAGUCCUGACCCAGCUGCAGGGCCUGGUGGAGACCUUCAACAGCAGCGCCUCACAGCUGCAGGACGGCAUCACUGCAGGGGUCAAAGUUGAGCUGGAGAGCCAGCUCCAGUCCACCAUACUCAAUAUGCAGGAUGUUCUGAUCUCCCAGGUGCGGAGAAUUGUAAGAGAAGAAGUUUCCACAGCACUGAAGGAGCACCAGGCAGCACUAGGGGAGAGUGUGGUGCAGGCCAUGAGAUCCAGAAAUGUCACACCAGUACCCACACCACAGGCAGACACACAGCAGUUACAGAUGCAGAUUAUGGCACUGCUCAGGCAAGGCCAGUUCAACACUGCAUUCCAGCAGGCUCUGACAGCCUCUGACCUGAGCCUGGUGAUGUUUGUGUGUGAGGCCGUCAGCCCCGCCCAAGUCUUCAGCCAGACCCCGUGUCCCCUCCAGCAGCCUGUCCUGCUGUCACUCAUCCAGCAGCUGUCUGUGGACCUGACACAUAACACAGAACUCAAACACAGGUACCUUGAAGAGUCAGUGAUGAACCUUGACCUCACACACCCUGUCACAUGUGACCAUGCUGCGGUUGUCCUCAGUGCGCUGUGCAAGAAGCUUAAUCUCUUCAUCCAGUCAGAGCCCAACCAUAAGAUGAUCAAGAACAUGCGCAUGUUAAACAUGGCUGCUCAGUCACUCAUGAAGUAACAGCAGCCAAUCGUCAGCAGGUCUGGAACCGCCGUCACCAGUCAGAUUUAAGUUCAAAAUUACUUCAGCCAACCAGAUGCUGACAGCAGUUAAACCAGCCAAUCAGAUUCAGUCAUAGAAAAAGCAAGGUUAUCACAUUGUCAUUCAUUCAGGCAGCUUGUAACAAACAGAUACUGUAAAUGGGAUGCACCUUAUGUCGCAGAAGAUACGAAGGUAAACAGAAGUCCUCUAGAACGUAUAUUUUCCUCUUUAUCUCCAGCGUACAGCAAAAUGUUGAUACCUGAUGGUAGUGGGAUGUGAUGUCUGAUCGAUUCAUGGAUUCUAUCAGAUGAACAUACUAGUGUGGAAAUACUGUUAGUGUUCAACAUGAUAUAGCAACCUUCCAUCUACCUGUCACCUUGCAGUAGUGAAACAUCCAAAGAGCAAUUCAAGAACAUAUUUUGCUAUCAUAGGUUAAAGUGUUCUGCCAUGCCUACUGUUUUAUCUUGUUUGUUAAACUGACGUACACAAUAACAGCAAGCAAUCAUGUGAAAGGAGAUUUGAGUACUGUAAGAGGACUACUGUUCAGCUUCUUACAUUUUCCUCAUCCUGCCCCCUUUGUUUAAGGACUUUAUAAAUGAAGAUAUGACAAUAAUGAAGAGCUUUCUUUUUUUUUUCAAGAGAGCUAGACAGUCUCAACAGAGACAUACAAACUGCAAUGCAACUUUUCAUAAGUCAUUUCAAAGAGGAAGAAAUACCGGGUACCAGAUCUCAGCACACUUUUUGUUCCACAAGUUCCACAACAUUUCGUUUUGUCCCAAACUGUUCUUAAAAAGAUUAAUAGUAUGUUGAGUUAAAGUCUUCAAGCAUUCUUUGGAAGAAGGUUGGAAAGCAACCUAUUUAUAUGUUCUUGUCUAUACCUUUGUUGUUUAUGAUGAAGAAUACCAUCUUCACAACAGAAGUACUUAUAGGAUUGGGCUAGCAACAACUUUGUAUCAUGUUUCUCAGAAUAAAACUUUGGAAAAUG